CUCUUUUCCAUUCUCCAGAAAUGAAAGGAGAGCCUGUGCAGAAGGAAGCAUUUCCCAGAGGAAGCAGUGGUUCUGUGCCAGCCUCUGCUGCAGGAAGGGAGGCCAUGCCAGGCACAGGCACAGGAGCUGAACCUGCCGGUGAAGGCCCCACAUCCAGGACUGAGGCUCUGGGAGAUGCUGAGGGUGUGUCUGCAGGGAGGACUUCUCCAACUCCAGGGCUGGAUGCUUGGCCCCAACCCAGCUCCCAUGGCAGGGUUCCUCCAAAAGGGAAGACCCAAGAUACUGCAGCUAAAAAGUCUCAUGAGGCAGAUGAAUUCCUGACAGAAACACAGAAGGAAGCACCCGGAGGACAAGUGAUGGACCAAAAGGCUCUGCAGGAGGAGGAACACCCAGGGAGAAGCAGUGGCUCAUUGGAAGCCCCAGCUGCAGGAAGGAAGGCGAUGCCAGACACGGGCACAGGCACAGCAGAUGCAGCCGGCACCACAAGACCUGUUCCCAAUGCCCAGGAUGGCCUCGGAAGGGGUUUCUGUCAGGGAACAGGCUGCUGGCUAGGGUUUCUGGCAGGCAUGCUUUAUUUCGAGUUUGUCUUCAUCUUGUGCUGCAUUGGAACCUGGUAUUCCUGGAACAGAAAACAGAGUACCUCGGGACAGGAGUUGGAAGACGGUGGCUGCACCUCACACCCAGACAGCGCGAGCAGCUCCUCCAGCAGCAGGAACGGCCUGGACAGCCCUCUCAAGUCUCCUGUGAAGAGGACCCCAGAACAACAGUCUACGAGGGAACCUCCUUUUACCCCGUAGAUCCCACUGCCACCUGCUCUCCCCAUGGGCCUCCCCAAGAUGUCUUCAUCCCUUUUUUUAUCUUUGUCUGUCCCAUCCCAGCCAACUCAAGUACCUCUAGGGACCCCAGGACCAGCCCAGCACCCUCCAGCCCUUCCUGAGACCAACACAUCCCUCCCACUGCCCCUGAGCCCCCUGGCCUUGCCCUCUAGGAGUCACUGAAGGUGACACCCCA